AUGACGUCGUUCGCCGCCGCUCCGUCUCAUUCCCUCCGUCUCACAUCGUCGCCGACCACGCCCCGCCGUAAUCCCUCUGCAAACUCUGCCGUUUCACCCUCAGCUUCGACUAUCCAAUGUAGUCUCCCAUCCCUCCCCGCCGCUUCAUCCUCCCAAAACCCUAAACCUUUGAGACGUCCCACAUUACUUCCCAACCCUGUAAUUUUCCCCAAAUCAAUCGCCGCCUCCGCCGCCUCGUGGGUUCUUUUCCACAUAGCCAAACCUGCCUUCUCUGGCAGCAACCCUAUCUUUAGCUCCGGAGGAGGCGGCAGCGUCGGGGGUGGUGGAAGCGGCGGGGGCGGAGGCGGAGGAGGAGGAGGAAGUGAAGGUGGGGAGGGAGGCGGCGGUUUCUGGCGGUUCUUCUCGCCCGCAGCUGUUGCUAAAGAUGACGAUCCUCAACAAGAGUGGGAUUCCCAUGGAUUGCCGGCCAACAUCGUGGUGCAGCUGAACAAACUCAGCGGUUUCAAGAAGUACAAGGUCUCUGAAAUCCUAUUUCUAGAUAAACGGAGCCGCUCGACUGCAGGCCCAGAGGACUCUUUCUUUGAGAUGGUGUCCCUCCGGCCUGGGGGUAUUUACACCAAAGCUCAGUUCCUGAAGGAACUGGAAACCCUAGAAACAUGUGGAAUGUUUGAGAAAGUUGAUCUGGAGGCAAAGAUGAAUCCGGAUGGCACCAUCAAUAUAACCAUUCCGUUCCAAGAGUCCUCGUGGCAGUCGGCUGAUAGAUUAAGGUUGAUUAACGUGGGACUCAUGCCACAGUCCAAGCCUGUUGAGAUGGACCCUAAUAUGACCGAGAGGGAGCAAAUGGAGUACAUGGAUAACCAGGCGAGAGAUUACUUUAACAGGAUCAACAUGGCAAGGCCGUGUUUGAUGCCAAUGUCUAAACAACAAGAGAUAUUGGAGAUGAUGAUGGAUCAUGGCAGGGUGACCGCGAGAUUGUUGCAAAAGAUAAGGGAUAGCAUUCAGCAGUGGUAUCAUGAAAACGGAUAUGCCUGUGCACAAGUUGUGAAUUUUGGGAAUUUGAAUACGAGAGAGGUGGUAUGUGAAGUGGUGGAAGGUGAUAUCACAGAGCUAUCGGUUCAAUUCCAGGAUAAGCUGGGUAAUGUUUGCGAGGGGAAUACUCAGCUCGCUGUGAUAGAGAGAGAAUUGCCCAAACAGCUUCAAGAAGGACGAGUUUUCAAUAUUGAAGCUGGGAAGCAAGCACUAAGGAAUAUAAAUUCUUUAUCUCUCUUCUCUAACAUUGAGGUAAACCCGCGCCCGGAUGAAAAUAAUGAGGGAGGCAUUAUUGUUGAAGUGAAGCUUAAAGAAUUGGAACAGAAGUCUGCUGAAGUUAGCACAGAGUGGAGUAUCGUUCCAGGUCGCGGGGGCCGUCCUACACUGGCUUCAAUCCAGCCUGGUGGGACUGUUUCUUUUGAGCAUCGUAAUAUUUGCGGUUUGAAUAGGUCACUUCUUGGUUCAGUGACUACUAGCAACUUCCUUAACCCUCAGGAUGACCUUUCUUUCAAGCUGGAAUAUGUCCAUCCAUACAUUGAUGGAGUGGAAAAUCCUCGCAACCGUACUUUCCGUACUAGCUGCUUCAAUAGUAGAAAGCUUAGCCCAGUCUUCACUGGUGGACCUGGAACAGAAGAAGUUCCCCCUAUAUGGGUUGACCGAGCUGGAGUUAAAGCAAACAUAAUGGAGAAUUUCACUCGUCAAAGCAAAUUUACCUACGGACUAGUGAUGGAGGAGAUAGUAACACGUGAUGAGAGCAGCCACAUCUGUGCAAAUGGUCAAAGGUUAUUGCCAAGUGGUGGAGUGAGUGCAGAUGGACCUCCUACAACACUCAGUGGCACUGGAGUUGACCGUAUGGCGUUUCUUCAGGCCAAUAUCACUCGUGACAACACUAAAUUUGUAAAUGGGGCUAUAGUUGGUGAGAGAAAUGUGUUCCAGCUCGAUCAGGGGCUUGGAAUUGGCAGCAAAUUUCCGAUUUUUAACCGCCAUCAGUUAACAUUAACACGAUUUCUCCCACUGAAGCGAGUAGAGGAAGGUGCUGGAAAGCCGCCACCUCCCGUUUUGGUCCUCCAUGGCCAUUAUGCUGGCUGUGUUGGUGAUCUUCCUAGUUAUGAUGCAUUUACUCUUGGGGGACCUUAUUCUGUGCGGGGUUAUAACAUGGGAGAGUUGGGAGCUGCAAGAAAUAUACUUGAGGUGGCUGCUGAGCUUCGGAUACCCGUGAAGGGCACCCACGCGUAUGUGUUUGCCGAGCAUGGGAAUGACUUGGGGAGUUCAAAGGACGUCAAGGGAAACCCGACGAAGGUCUACAGGAGGAUGGGCUACGGUUCGUCUUAUGGUGUGGGAGUCAAGUUAGGGUUAGUGAGGGCAGAAUAUGCUGUUGAUCACAACACUGGGACUGGCACGAUUUUCUUCCGGUUUGGGGAGAGAUUCUAA